CUCGACGUUCACAGCGCUGGGCCUUGUUGACAGAACGAAAAGCAGCACUGACGGACCGAGAAGCAGAACAAGGAUCAGGAGGCGCACUAAGAUAGCAGUCUAGAGAGCCGUCGACCCCGCACUUCGCAAUGGCCGCCACAAGCAAGUCCAAGAACUCGCUGUCCAUCCGUUUGACAGAGUCAGUCGUCUUCCUUCGCGCUCCAGACGCCAUUGGCAGACGCCGUGCCCAGAAUGACAACGCCCCGCCUGCGAUGCUGCGCGGGCUCCUGACGCUGAACCUGGUCAAGCCGACGAGGAUAAAGAGCAUCGAGGUUGAGCUCCAGGGCAAAUCGAGCACCGCUUGGCCGGAAGGUGUCGGAGCGAGGCGCAUUGAGAUAACGGAAGAACACAAGAUUUACACCGCAUCGACGGUCUUCUUCCGUGCGGGCUCGACCCCCGCCUCGUCCUCCCGUCGCACACUCUCGGUGGGCCCAGGACUGUCCCUUUACCACGACGACGAAGCGGUCACAGAUACGUUCGGACACGGCGAGCACGCCGAUACACCGCGGGGCAGCCCUUCUCGAGAGCCGAGCCGGGAGCGCGGACGUGUGUCCAGGCGGGUGAGCAUGGACUACUCGCACUUCCAGCGCGACGCAAUCUCCCAUCACGAGAACACGCACUUCGCGACACCCCCGUACACCCCUCGUCCCGCUUCGCCUGUGGCUGAGGUUCAUCCCCCCGCCCUAAGUCCGGCUGCGUCGAUCUACCACACUCAACACAGCAGCCCGGCGGCGUCGACGUCGCAGCUGAACGUGACUCCUAUGACUCCUAUCACACCCAGGUCGGAAGAGCCUGCGAGUCACCUUGAGGAUUCUCGGAAUAUGCUGCGCGAGCAUUUGGACGAGAGUCCCGGACCUCGUCGCCCAAACUUGUCGACGACGAACUCGUCGGCAUCUAGCCUACGCUCAGACCGCGACCAGUCCUCACGUCGGCAAAGCCUGGACGAAGACUCGGGGUACGCCUUUGCUUCCUCCCGUGAGGGGAGCCGCAUCCGCUCGCCGUCCCCGCACGACGAGCGCGGCCGGAAGCACAAGCGCUUCACGUUCGCCGCCGUCACAAACGUGAUGGACUCCGUGCGCGACCGCUUCCGCUCAAGCUCGCCGAGGAUGCGCGUUGCGAAUUCGAGGGAGCACACCCUGGAGCGGAGCGUCGAUCGCGAGGCGGAAUUCAGGAGGGGGCGGACGCUGGAGAAGGGCAAGGGGAAGGAGCCCGUGGUUGAUGGUGUGGGGCUCAUGUCCCCGAGGAAGGAGAAGUCGGCGUUGGGGAGAGUGGGCGAGCUGCUCGGGUUGGAGGAGGAAGACGAGGAGUAUGGGGAUGGGUGGAAGGAGUUCAAGAAGGGCACCUACACGUACCCCAUCUCCUUCACCAUCCCUGCGAGUUCUCCGCCGACGCUCAGAUGCGAGUAUGGGAGCGUGAUCUGGCGCCUCAAGGCAUACGUACACCGGCCAGGCGCGUUCAAGACGAAACUCACUGCGUCGAGGGAAGUCACCCUUGUCGCGUGCCCGGAGGAAGAUGCCGAGGAUACCGAGAACAUUAUUGUCGAACGACAGUGGGAUGAUCAAUUGCAGUACUUCAUCUCGAUCUCUGGCAGGACGUUCCACAUCGGCGGGACGAUGCCGGUACACUUAACGCUUAUGCCCUUGGAUAAGAUCAAAGUAUACCGGAUAUCGAUCUUGCUCGAAGAACGGGUGGACUAUCUCGCCAAUAUGAAGCGCGUGGUUAGAACAGACCCGAUUCGCCGGAUCAUUCUCAUGUCCCUCAAGCACGGCGAGAAAGACUGUCCUCCGUUACUUCCCCUCGAUUCGGACGAUCCCGAGGCAUUUAAGAACUCACCUUUGUAUGUCUUGCUCAAUCCAGAAGACGACGCGUCGGAACUGGCGUCUUCUUUCAUGGGUCCGGGGCCGUGGACUCUACACACGGAGUUGCAGCUCCCGAGUUCCUGCGAUCAGAUCAACUUCACGAACAGGAAUAAGAAGAGUAAUAUCUCCAUCACGCAUACCCUCAAGAUCAUCUUCCGGGUGGAGCGGGGCGACGACCAGUUCAUUGACCAGAAGACGGGGAAGAGGAAGAUGUUCGACAUCGUCGUGCAGACUCCGGUCCACAUCCUCUCGUGCAUGUGCAACCCCGAUUGGAUAGCGCUGCCCCCGUAUUCGGAGAAUGCCAACGACAUUCUACCCCAGCCUGAGGCGUGUCCUUGUAAAGGCAAGGGCCUGUCACCCAAUCUGGAUGGAGAUGCGUUGGACCUCCCGGGACCAUCCCGCCCGUCAUCCUCGCAUUUCCACCACAACCCUCUCGUGUCUACGUCAUCCGCCAUGCAUCACCCGCUCGAACGCAUAGACUCGCGCCGAUCAACAGAUUCGUCAGAAGAGGGUUCUCGGCCGCCCCAUUUACACCACCACUCUCCAUCACCGGCCCCGCCGGAUAGUCUUGUUGAACGCAAUAGGCGAUUUGAAAGACUCGUCGCCGGACAGGAGACCGAGCUCGGCGAAGCACCACCUCCGUAUCAUGAAGUAGCUCGUAUUGCAUAG